AUGGAACAGGCACGGCGUACCAGAAGCCCGUCUUCAUUGUUCGUCGAUGACAGCUGUGACGUGGAACCUGAUGACGAUGCUAUUUCCCUGACGUCUACAGUUCGGUCUUACCACCCCAAGGAUGAAGAGUUUGUGGUGGAUGACAUCUUGGCUGAACGACAGAACCCAGAAGAGCCAGAUCAUACUCAAUACCUUAUCCAAUGGGAGGGCUACCCUCUAUUUCGGGCCUCCUGGGAGCCUGUUACAAAUCUCUCGGAUGAGCUUCUCCAACAAUGGCUUGAGCAGAAGGAAGAAGGCGGGCGCACCCCGUUUGACGUUCAGGAGUGGGAAGACGUCAGGCAGCACUGGGCCGCAGGCAAAGCGUCGAGGCACAACCGCCGCAAUCGUAAACGGCUGCAACUUGGCCUACAAACGACUGAUCCAUUCCCAGCAACCCCGGAUCAUUAUCUAUAUCCAGAUGAUGAUGGUGAGUCUGAAGAAACCCACGAUUCAAGUGAUGAGGCGAUGGAGGUCGAUGAGAUCGAGCAAGGCGGGGCCAUGCCGAUGCCCACAGAAAGAAAAAUCAAGCAAACCAUGUUCACGGGCGUCCCGCCAACGAAAACCGUGUUGCAACAGGGCUCUUCUGCCCCUUCUACACGGCCAGAAGCACAUGGCAACCCUGCGAAGACAGGAGUGAAAACAUCUGACAAAUGUUCGGAGAGGCCUCCUGUAUCCGAACGGAAGAGCUCAGCUAGCAACCCCAGCGGUUUGAACAGGAGUACUGGCAUGCCGAGCAACGGCCAAGCCAAGUCUGUCUCUACUUCCUCUUCUUCGAGUCUGGCCAACAAAUUCAGAGGGAAGAAACUCAAGGCCACCCGCACGGCAAACCCACAACCCCUGAUACAGAGGACUGUUGCUACCGGCCCAGCAUCGGCGCUACAUAUUCGGAGGCGUCGUACUGGCCUCAAAGAGGCCAUGAUGGACCAGACCAAGGCUCCGAAACUGAUGUCCAAUAUGCGCCGGGUGAAUCUGUUGGCUAAGAAAGCAAGGGAGCUAAACGACGCGGCUCCAGCAAAUCCAGCAGCGAUACCAUCACACUAUAUAAUCACGGGCGAUGCGCCGCGGAAGAACCAAUCAAUUCCUGACGCACUUGCCGAACCGGACAUGCAGUCAGAAGCCGGUGUCAAUAGCCCUCAUGCGAUGGAGGUGCCGUCGGCGAUAGCACCGCUAACGGGCCCGAAGAAGUCUCGAGGUGGCAAGUCGGUGCGCUUUACGGAAGGCACCGUCCAUGAAUCCACUGCGUCGAAUGGGCCUGCUAGUCCUGGUUUACAAAGCAAUGUUGCUAGUAAGCGGGGUUCUCUAUCGUCUUACCAGAGGACGGCAUCGCAAACCGUAGCCAGGUUCACAUCUUUCGGUCCAGAAGGGUCUCAAGAAGUUGACGUUGAAUUCAACGGGAUCCCCCGGGGUCACAGCGAUUGGUUAGUCCAAUUCCUUUCGGAAGAGCAUAUACAGUUUUGUAUGCUCUGUUCCGCGGCAGACUUUUUCUCGGGAGACACAAUAUAUGAACCCCAAUUCAAGCUCGCGAGUGGAAGUCUGAGCUCUCCAACAGAAGGUGGACAAGCCGCUCUGGACGCGGUAGCCGUAAAUCUUUUGCGGACAUCAGCGGCGUUGUACCUGCCAAGGUCAACUCAUUCUAUCCUUGUUUUCCCUACACGGUCUCCUGCGUGGUCCAAUCUAGUCGACCCGGCGGGCAUGGCGGGCACCCUGGACCAUCUGAUAUUUAGACCAAACAAACCACUUGAUAUUGCACACUAUCCUGCUUUGUCGAAUGCGGUAGUCGCAAGGGGUGCUGAUUCGGCCUCAUUGCGUCGGACGGUAAUGAAGCAGAUGGCAGAGCUGGACUAUGACACUCUACUUUCCAAUGGAAAGAAGCAUGUCUUCUUCCUGAUGUAUCACGGGCCUGAAACCUUCUUGUUCCAGAUCUUGGUGAUCUGGCUCAGAGCUUGUCAGCCUGAUUGCCAAAUCUUUCGGAGCGUGGAACAAGGCGGAUGGAACCGCUACCAGGAGGCUACCUUGGAUGGCGUCGUCAUACUCCAUGAAUCCGUCGAGAGAAGUAUAAGAAAGAUUCCUAGGUUGUGGGAUACGCUCAAGCACGGCGGCCACAUUUUCUGGAGUCUGUCCUCGCCCGAUCAUGAGUCGACACUGAUAACCGACAAUGAUCAUUCCAUGCCAGAUAUGCCACCUCAGCUGAAGCUGACCCGUUUGUUUCCUCAUGGACGCGCGUUUCUUCUGACGCCAAGCUUCAUGAUAUCCCAGCCUGCCAAGCUUUGCGAACUCCUGGAGUUUAUACAACUCAGAUCGGCGGUUGCACCAUGUGUUUUGGUGGUUUGUUCAACUUCCACGGAUUAUCUGCUUGAAAUUGCACUGGAAAAGGCACGCAGAAGGGACCUUCUAACAGACAAACUUGGACACACUGUAUCGGACCAGGUCGCUGAGCUGGAGGGAUUGUCACAGGACGAAUUCCAAGACAGGCUACGAGCUUGGGAGCUUAUGAAGAAUAUCAUGGAUCCUACCCGACAUGGCUUCAAGUCCCACGAGGACCCGCCUGAGGAUAUCGGCAAGGUCGUGUUGGUAGACGAUCUAAUUGCGCCGGACGACGAGCAGAGUCUUGUCAACUGGUUUGCUGCGUGGUCCCUGUCACGCCUUGAUUGUUACCGGAAGUUCUACGUUGUCGGGUCGAGUCUACAGGGUAUCGAAAAGGCUCGCAAGAUGGUUCGUGUGCCGAAUUACGUUGACGGAACAGUCAAUGACCCAGAUGUGCAUUCUAGACAAGUCGCUCUGGACAACGAGCGCGGACAACAUUCCUUCCGGAGUCAUAUGUUCCGUGGGGACAGCGCAGCGGAUUUUGCCCCUUGGUUCAAUUCUUUCAAUGAUCUGAAGGGGCAUUCUUCGUUCUGGAUGUAUUUCUUGGCUGUUUGCUUCCUGAACAGGGAAAUGGCCGAUCACCUUGGAGAUUUCCGAGCCGAUUUUGGGACCUUUAAGACCUGGUUCCAUAGCGCUCCCAAAUUCACCCCAUCGCUGAACAGCCUGGUCGGGCUGUUCUACACUGUCGAGACGGACUGGACCGAGACUGAUCAGACAAUUCCGGCAGCUCGUCACCCCUGGAUCGCUGUCUUUCGGCCUGUGAACCCGCAUCUUAAUAAGACCAGCUACGCAGACAUGGAGUUACUCAUCUGGGACUUUGCCGGAAGAAAUCGAUGGCCUGCCAGUCCCAGCCCUGAGCAUCUGCUGCCCAUGCAACGUCGACUCGUGGAUUAUGUUCGUGAGGCUGCACCAGCUCGAUUUGAAAACUACGCCUUGAAACGCGUCUUUGUCAGCAGCUGGACAGAUGUCGACGCUGACCCUUCAUGUCCCGUUGAUGUCACAUGCAGAACUUUGGAGGCCAUUGUGCACGACAGAGCAAAAUAUGUACCCCCUUGGGAGCAACCUCUGAUCAAACGGGGUUGGAAACUUCUGGGGGAAGGUCCUGCGGCCCCCAGAGACAGGCUCUACAGAACAGACUCGGAUAUGAACGAGCCUGAAAGACUGAUUUUCCACCCUGCUCGUGGUGAAGUGGACUAUGGGUCUGCCUGCAUCAACGAUCUCUACGAAGCUGUGGUGAGAGCGCGUGAGAAGGACCCCAACUGCACCACCCUUGACUACAAAUACAUGACGACGGUGCAUUGGUACCAAGAUUUGAAGGAUGAGAAACGUGCGUAUAAGCACAUCAACGUGGAUAGCUGGGACAGGGUCUUUGAGGACCUGAACUUGCAGAAGCGGCGACCCUAG